CACAGAACACGCAUAAAAACAUAUUCUACAAUUUGUCAACAUUAAUUAAGUUUGAAAACAUACCACUGAAUCUACGCGAAUCGCAGUCGACAUUUUGCCGUGACUCACGGCGAUUUAAGAUCGAUACGGCAGGUAAACUCUGCUUAGGUAACCAACCGGAUAUCUUUAAAGGGAUAAUACACGGAUUUUGCUUUCGCGACACUGUUACGCAUGCUCAUAAAUAACUUAAGGAUAAAACGAUAACCACAAUUACCGUUAGGGUAUUUCUGAAAUGAUCAUGUUGCAUAGUAUGUAUAAUUAAAUGCGAUUACUAACGGAUCUGACGAAAAGCUUUUUUAAAUAAGAUGGAAGCGUGCGAAAAACUCUAUUCUGGAGUUAAAUUACGGAUUGUAUUUGUACUGGUGCUACAUAUCGGAGCAGGUGUACACACUUUCCAUACAUAUUUGAAUGAGUGCGGAACAGGCGAGGUCCCUGACGUGCCAUGCUUCAAUGGUGGCACGUUCAUCAACACCAACGGCUCCAACAUCUGCCAGUGUAAGGCAGGCUGGACCGGACUCAACUGUGAAAUAGAUUUGAAUGAGUGCGGAACAGGCGAGGUCCCUGACGUGCCAUGCUUCAAUGGUGGAACGUGCAUCAACACCAACGGCUCCUACAUCUGCCAGUGUAAUGCAGGCUGGACCGGACUCAACUGUGAACUAGAUGUGGACGAGUGUCGAACGGAGCGCUGUGCUAACGGUACGUGCAUCAACACGAAGGGUUCCUACCAGUGUCAGUGUAGACCCCAGUGGACUGGACCCAUGUGCCUCCAGGGUAGGGACGGCUGGCUAAAAGCUAUUCAAUUCUCCAUGCAGAAGUUGAAUUAG